AUGCUUCGACAAGCCUCGGCUAUCUUUGUUCUUCCUGUGCUCACCUUCGUGGUGAACCACAUCCCCACAUUUAUCUGGGUGCUCAUUGAUUUCAUGCUAGAUAUCUGGAUGUUCUGGUUCAAAAAGCUUUACAACUUACACAGACAAAAAGACGACCUCAAAGAAGCCCUCAAAGUGCUUCAAAAUGUACAGAACUACCAUGAAUUCAAAGACAUCGUAGCCGAAAUCGAUCGGCUCACAAACAUGGAUUUGUGGAGACAAAACUUCGUGUCUCAACACUACGAUUACCUUCUCAUAGAUGAUCGUAUGUCCGUGCUUAAAGAAGCUAGGCUCGAUGGAGACACAAGGCUUAUGAUGUCUCUUUUGCGGUCCGGCUUGAUCAGAAAUUUCGCAGGCAUUGCUCAGAAGAAGCUCUAUACAAAGUCAUAUUUGGGCACCAAAUUCAAAAUACAGGAAUAUAUUCUAGAAGUGCUCGACUGCCUAAACUACUUGAACGAGAGCAUCAACUCAGAACCUGAAGAUGAUUUUAUCAUGAACAGUAAACAGCUCAAGAUCAAUUUUUUUCAUGAUGCUCGUCAGAGCUUUGGAUGCACGGCCCUUAUUCUCCAAGGCGGGUCUCUUUUUGGUCUUUGCCAUCUUGGCGUUGUGAGAGCACUCUAUUUCAGAGGGCUUCUUCCAAGAGUUAUUGGUGGAAGUGCGAUAGGUGCCGCAGUUGCUUCCUUGGUUUGCACUCUACCCGAAAACGAGCUUAAUCCGGUUCUUGUGAGUAUAACUGGUGUCAUGGGAAAUGUGGACCAGCUCAAUCACGACGUGGAUGAGCGCUAUGGGAAUGUCAUCGAAAAUGUUGUGCGCAAAGGCUACUCGCAAGAUAUUCUUAUAUUUUUGAAGUUUGUGAGAGAUACGAUAGGAGAUAUGACAUUUGAGGAAGCGUACUUGAGGACACAGAGAAUCUUGAACAUUGUUGUUCACCCGACACAUUUGGCUAUUCCCACGUUGUUGAACUAUAUCACAGCCCCUAAUGUGAUCAUAUGGACCGCAAUAUAUGCUUCUAUAGGAACUGGUGUCCUAUCUGACAAUGUGCAAUUGUACGUCAAAGGUUUCAAAGGUGAUAUCGUUCCAAUUGAGCCCAAUCAGAAUAUAUCUUUUUUGAAACCACAAGACGCUACCUACCUGCGACAAUACUUUCGUUCUAGUGUCUGUGGAGAAAAAACAUCUUCUAAGAACUCAUUCACGAGGUUCUUGGAUAAAACGUCUCCAUAUACACGACUCACGGAGCUUUUUAAUGUCAAUCAUUUCAUUAAUAGCUUAGCGAGGCCGUACUUGGCUCCUUUGAUCAAUAACGACUUGAAACACCACAACACGUAUGGAAGGGUCAAAUCGGAUACAAAAGUAUACGAUCAGAGAAACGUUGCGGGGUGGCAUCUUGAGGAAGGGUCUCCCAAGCUAAAGCUAUCUGUCUCUAAAAUGAAGCAGAUGCCUCAAGACGCUGGAUUUACCUUAUCAAAACACGUAAAAAAUGUGGUAGGAAUGGAAUUACAACAUCGCCUUGAGCUAUUGAACAAGUUCGGAUUGCUUCCUGAAAUUGUUAAGAGACUCUGUAUAGACGAGAAGCCCACAAAUGCGCAGAUGGCAACAAGUCUUAGAGAAAUUACCGUCGUUCCAGAGCUUCGAUACUUGCUACGAGACUUUGGCCGAGUAUUUGAUGUUCACCGAACCUUAGAAAACAUCCCUUACUGGAUUUUAGUUGGGGAAAGAUCGGUUUGGCCAUUGUUUCCUCUUCUUUGGUCCAGAUGUGCCAUAGAGUAUGCCCUCGAUGACCUAUACAAUAUCCACAAGCAAAAUGCGUCUAUUGCUUAA